AUGUGGUCCUCGUCACCACAGUUCCGACAGACUCGAAUCUCCUUGUUUGGACAGUCCUACGGCAUCAUGUCAGUCUUGGUUUGGCCACAGAUGCAGUGGGGACAAGACAUGUUCCUCAGACUCGCAACCGGUGCCGUGAGCCAGCCCAAGCUUCCUCGCGUAGGCGGCCACGAGCUCGCCGGGACAGUCGUGGCCCCGCCGUCUGAAUGCAUGGAUGACUUCAAGAUUGGAGACCGAGUGGCUGUUGCCGGCCGUGGCUACCACGCGUGUCGAACUUGUCUAGAAUGCCGGAACCCUUCUGGCCCAGAGCCCGAUGAACUCGGCUUCGCUGUAUACUGUCCACAUGCCGGUGGCGGCCUGGGUAUCAACGAUCCCGGCGGCUUUCAGGAAUACGCAAUCGAUCGCCGAAGGAAAGCGUAG